UCGUGCAUUGCAAGUUAAGCCAGCCGACAGCGAGAGUAGAGGAGAGGAUAGGAAGCUUUUUGUUGGGAUGUUAAACAAGGCCCAGACGGAAGAAGAAGUCCGUGCAAUGUUCACACAUUUUGGAAAGAUAGACGAGUGUACCAUUCUCAAGGACCCCAAUGGAAUCAGCAGAGGUUGUGCAUUUGUUAAAUUCAGUACAAGGAAAGAAGCAGUCGGGGCAAUCAACAGUAUCAACAUGUCGCAAGUUUCAAACGGCAUGAAUACGCUAAGCCUGCACAAUCAGGCCAACCCCAAUCUAGUGGUGAAGUUUGCCGAUACCGAGAAAGAGCGUCAGCUACGUCGCAUGCAGCAGAUGUCAAACUCGAUGGGUCUGUUCAAUCAGAUGGCCGUCAGCUCCCCGAUAUCCCUCUAUGGUGGUUACCAGGUUAAUACGCAGCAAAUGCUUCAACAGCAAGCAGCAAUCAUGGCCCACCAGUCGACGGCUGCCUACAUGAACCCAAUGGCUGCCCUGUCCGCUGCCCAACAGAUGAACCAGAUGAAUGCUGUAGCAGCCAACGGUUUCCCUGCCGCUACCACUGCUACCAUCCCUUCCACCGGAGAACACCUCCUAGGUAUGGAGGGAAUCGUACCAGCACCAGGCGCCGGCCAGCCGGCGGUGAACUGUGCCGUCAGCACCCCAACCCUACCCUCACCAACCAUGCCGACGUACACCCUUGCUGCACAGACGAAUGGACAAGCAGAGACACUCUACACCAAUGGCCUACAGUAUCCUGGAGAGUAUGCAGCUGCCAACCAAGCAGCAGUUGCUGCAGCAGCUACAGCGGUUGCUACGGAUCCUCUGCAGCAAGCCUACACUGGUAUGCAGCAAUAUGCAGCAACCUACCCAGCAGCCUUUGGUGGUUUGAGCCAAGCGAGUUUUGCUACCACCGCCACCCAACAGCCGGUACUAGCAGCAGCCCCUCAGAGGGAGGGUGAGUAUGGACCAGAAGGUUGCAAUCUCUUCAUCUACCACCUGCCUCAAGAGUUUGGCGAUAAUGAACUUACCCAAAUGUUCCUGCCCUUUGGCACAGUCAUCAGUUCAAAGGUUUUUGUUGAUCGUGUCACCAACCAAAGCAAGUGCUUCGGUUUUGUGAGUUUUGACAAUCCGUCAAGUGCUCAAGCUGCCAUCCAGGCAAUGAAUGGCUUCCAAAUCGGCAUGAAGAGACUCAAAGUGCAACACAAGCGCCCUAAGGAUGCCAACAAGCCCUACUAAAGAAUACACAGAUGCCCUGCAUGGGAAGACCUUCCAGAGCAGGCUGUGCCAGGCUUUGGAUGGUAUGCUCCCAUCAUGCAUCUGACAAAGAGAGAAAGUUCUUCUUUUUCGUAUUCAAAUUUUGAUUCCAUCCUCUACAUGUGCAGUGAUAUGGAGAGAAAUUUGAACAUUGAUUUUUUUUGUGAUAACUGCAUGAUGAAGAAAUCAACUUUGUACAUAAUCUUAUCAUCAAGCUUAAUUUGGAAUUUUUAGGACAUUUGUAGCAUUUUGAGUAUUAAAAACCUGAGAAAGAUUUAAUACCGAGGAUUGUUGAAUUGCAUAAUAUGUAUAUAUGAUUUUCUUAUUUACAUUACAUUACAUGGAAUGCAUUUUUGGUAGUAAAAUCAUGUAAGAGAUACUAUUUGAAAGGUGGAUUUGAUAGAGAAAUCAUGAAAUUUCACUUAUACAUAUUGUUAUGAUGAAAGAAAUGGAGAAUGUGGAAUAUUUCUUUUUAUUUUACUUUUGUUUUGCUCUAAAUCACAGAACAGAUUUAGACAAUUUAUAAUUUCUAAUGAAUUAUAGAAAGUUCUGUUACAAGCUGCAUGUGAGAGGAACACUGCAUGGAUUAUAAACUAUUUGCAAUUUUACCAUUCGAGUACAGAAAUAAGACAAAUCGGUGAAAUAUAUAUUUUUGUCAGCAGUGCUUAGAGUGAAUUUUAGAGCAGCAGAUCUCAUUGAAGAAUAAUAGUAAUGAGAUGAAACAAAUUGAGUGAGAAGGAAGAGUUUUGAAUAUGCUGUGCUGCUUUUAUUUUCAAGAGGAAAGAUGGUUUUCCUCAUUCAUGAGUUAUCUUGUUCUUGGUCUGUGCUAUUCUUUCUUCAAAGAAAAACUCAGGCCAAAUCAAAAAGAAGUGCAAUAUUUAUAUGCCAUAUAACCCUCAAGUAGGAGGGUCAAAAGUAGUUGGAAAAGUUGCUUGAUAGGCAAUUAUAAUUUUUUUUUUGUCAUUUCGAAAUGAAGGAAUCAUGUGUUGCUCCUUUUUUCUUAUUUGUCACGUCUUAAAUUAUUCAGAUCCGAAGUCUUAUCUGUUUGUAAGUCGAACCCCCAUGCACGUUAUUUUUGUACGGUAAAGCCAAGCUGAUAUAUUUCUGUGUUUAGAGUACUUAUUUAUUGAAUUAAUUUAUUCUCCACGGUGUGUUGGACAACCAAAGAGUUUGGUGGUGUUUUGUGCAUCAGUCUAGAGUUAGUUUAUGUGUUUUUAUGUUGUAUUCACUUCAUCAAAUCACUGCUCAUACCCUGACAUACUGUCUCCAUACAUUCAACCAGUCAUAAAAUAGAACACUUACAAAUGAGAUUAAAACAGUUGCCAUUAAAAAUAUAAUCUCUUUAUGAGACAAAGUAUUUCUUUAUGAUAAAUAAAAAUAAAUAUGUAUUUAUCUCCUUAUAUUGUUGUAAAAAUGAAUUUCCUGUUGAAUUUUUUGUAAGUUGUUGAAAAGGUGUCAACAAUAUUUUUAUUUUGAAAAUUCAGAAGCAAAAGUGCUGAACUUUUCUUCCCUUUUGGUAUUUUUCUUCCCAAUAUAACAUGCUGGGUAUCGAGUGUAAUAUACCAAUCUGGUAUAAUUCAAGCCAUCUCCACGUUGGUUAUUGAGGUGUUAUCCUAUAUUGUUUUUGUAUUUUUAUAUAAGUGUUGAUUUGUACAGAAAGGAGGGGACCAAACAAAAUAUUUUUAUUUUAUUUUUUGGACAAGAAGACAUUGUGUGAUCGUUUUUGAUAAAGUUUUGUGUUCAAAGGCUAUACAUUGCAGUAAUUCAUUGUACAUUCUUGAUGGGAGGACUCCAUUUUCCUAUUUCAGCACCAAAUUUUCUUUGGAAAUCCUGGGUAUAUGUGCUUUUAUCAAUAGAAAUUCUUCCUUGCUGUAAAAGUCACAAUUGAUUUCUGUAUUGUUUAAUUUCUUUUUUAAAAAAAUUGUUUAUUUUAACACUAUCAGUUCAUAUUUAAUGUAAGGAUAUGAAUCACAGAUCGUAAAAUAUUCUGCUAAAUAUCAAUGUUGUUAUAAUCAAGGGUGUGUUAGGAGGGGGGAUGUUCUUGGGAUGUUAUUUUGAUGUUAAGCAAGUGUAGCUAUUGAUAAGGUUCCUUCAUUGGUUUCAUUUGAAAUGAAAGAAUUUCAAGUACACUCUCAAUCCUUCACAGGGGCAUCCAAGCAUGUUUUAUUUUUUUAUUAUCUAAAUCAUCAUUUAAUGAGAGGAAGGACUAUAAUGUCAUUAUGAAGAAGAAUGAAAUAUCAUGACAAUCAUGAACAAAGUGCAUCAUGGGUAAAAUUGGUUAUCUAAUACACUUUAGUUUAGAUGAUUAUUGAUGAAAGAAAUUAAUAUGAAGUUAUUCCAUGGCGUGAUAUUCACACCAGAUGGCGUUUAUGAAACGUCCAUUCCUUUAGUCCAAAUAAGAAUCUCCAUGAAUGUUCAUUUGGAAGAGUUUUGAAUUAUGUAAUACAAUCUGACAAUACCUCCUCGAUCUCCCCACAUUUACCCCCCCCCUUCACUGUUCAUUGUUCAUGUAUGAACAGGUUCAGGUAUGUAUACCAGGUUCAUUCAUCCUUUCUGGUGGUACAACUACUCAAAAUCUAUUCGCCUGUCCCUUCAUCAUAUUUGUUUUGCUUUUUUUAGGGGGAUUUGAGGUGUAAUUUUUAUCAGCCUUAUGACCAAAGACUCCCAACAUGUCUAAGAAUUCCUUAGUUUCAUUUUUUUUUGCAAUUAUUUUGUAAUAAAUGAAAUAUUCAUUGCUUGUUUGGUGGCUGAAGAUUUUUUUCAAUGCCACAAAUUUCAUGUUUGGACGAGGACAAGAGACACCCCAACAUGUGGACAAUUGCUCACUAUCAGAGCAAGGAAGUUAAGGCCAGUUGGGGAUACUAAGCACCAACUUUAUUGCAUUGAAAACUUAUUUUUGUCCAUUUUAUAUGAAAGUAUUGACCAUGAGCUUGCCCAAUGGUAAUGCCGUAUCUCUGUACAUUCCAUUUUGUAUCUGCAUGUUCCACUAGAUGCUAUCUCUCCCCCUCUCUCUCUCUUCAUUUGCUUUUUAAAUUCAUUCAAGAGGUUCUGAGAAAACUCUUUAUGUUUGUCCAGCAUUACGUGUUUGAGUUAUUUGUGUGUCAGAGAAACGCAAGACAAUUGUAGAUUCGAUGACCGUGUCAAGGGAAAAGAUGAAAAAAUGUAUUCAUGUCAUAUUGUCGCUGUAAUAUUUUGUAUGAUAUUUAAUUAUUUAUUGAACUUCUGUACAUUUCUUUUUCACAUACAUUUGAUAGAGCAUGUUAUGGUUAUCCCAGCUCUUGAGCAGUUUUAUAAUGAUUGUAAAGGGAGUUCCAGCUAUUCUGUAUUCAUGUCAAAAGCAUUUAAAGUACUUAAUCCUGCAACUUAAUGAAUCAAUGAAUUCAACUCAUUUGCUCUACUGCAAUUUAUAUUUUACUGAGUUUAAGGUUUUUUGUACCUUAUAAAACCUCUUAAAGGAAAGACAAUUAUUUUAUUUUCAGUCACGUUUUGCUUUCUUCCAACUCUUUAAGUCAUGAAAGGAAUGUAUUUUUUGUUGUCUUGAAAAGACUAUUUUUAAAAAUUUUGAUUAAUGAACUCCCUCUGUUAAUAUUCAACUCAUUGAUCAAACAAUGCUGCAGCAGUGUUAACUAGAUGAUGUUCCCUAAAUUUCAUUCUAAAACUCACCUUUCUUAAACUUUUUUUAGACAGCUCCACACACAUUUAUUUUGUGUGUGUGUCAUUUCUAUGCUUUGGUAUGCAUCACUAUUAGCAAAAUAAUUUCAAAGGAAAUAACAUUUCUUAUUUAUUUUUUGUAAUUAUUUUUUGUAAAAAAUAUCAGCCUCGGUCACCCUCUUAUUUCAUCAUUCUUGGCCAAAAUCAGUGGAAUGUAUAUAUAUUUUUUUGUUUAUUAAUGGUGAAAUUUACCAUUAUCCAGAAUAAUCUAAAUAAGAUUGCCACAAUAUGAUUUUCAAUACCUGAAUACAAAAGAUUAAAAACAGUGUUUGGUAGAUCAUUAUGUUUUAUAAAAGGUAGCCUUUAAAAAUAGACAUGCGUUUUAUUUCUAAUUUCCUUUGUGACAACAUGCUUGUACAUGCAAUCUCUCUAUGUUUUCAACACAAAAGUUGUAUGAUUUUUUUUUCUGACACUUGAAAUGACAGCUUGAUUUGUAUUAAGAUCAUGUAGUAUAACGAUUCUUUCACUUCACAUAUAGUUCUAGACAUAUUAUUCUAAACAAAAUAUGAGUGCAUACAUAGUAAUUAGCGUUGUAUAAUAUGUAGAUUGACAUAAGAUUUGAAAAUAUUGAAGAAAAAAUAGAUAAAAGUAGAUUAGUUAUCUCGGGCAGUUCGAGAUGUAGAAUUGAGUUCUUAUCUUUGAUUAAAUCUAUCAUUGCGUCACAAAAAGUAGGUGAUUUUUAUUUAUGAUUGGAGCGUUAUUUCAAUAUACCUCUUGAGUGUGGCCUGGGAGAAUAUGAGGAAAUGGAUGGAUUUACUUCACCUCUUUGAUCAAUGAUAUCAAACCCACAUGGGGGGUAAGAAGUUCCUGGUCUAUGGUGUCUGGGGUGGACUUGCAUGGAAUACAUUCCGUUUUAAAGAAUGUCUAUAUAGAUUGUAUGCUGGAUUGCUCCGUGAGAUAAUUGCUUUGUGCCAGCGAGGAUGCUGAGAGUCAGCAUCCAGAGAGGAAGCAUCAUCUAAGCCAUCUCAUUGCCAUGGAAACCAGCAAUUGAUACUGAAGGCCAAAGGGUGAACGGACAAGUGGAUCAGAAGAAGAAGAUAAGACGGAACUAUUGUAUAGGCUCAGAAGUGAACGAGGAGAGAUAUAAAAAUUAAGUUUACUUUUAUGAGCAAAGUACUGGUAGCUUGUAAAAUGAAAAUAUAGCAUUGAGAAAAAAAGCAACAGAAAAUAUAAAAAAAUAUGAAAAAUAUUUACUGCACAUUUUAACAGCCAGUCAUUCCGUACCAAGCUCGUAUUUGAAUAAGCAUUUUUUACCAAUGGUACCUUUGAGGAUUAUAGAUAAAAUAUUAGAAAUUUGAAGAACAACUGUUAUUUUUAAAAAAGAGUGCAGAAUUUUUGAACUUUGAUGUGAUCUAUUCUGUAAAAUGUUUGGUAUCAGAGUUUAUGUACGUUAUUUUUCUUUUUACUUUUAAUUUCAAAUUUUCUUUUUCUUUUUUGAUGGGAUUGUACAAAUUUGCACAAAGUUAUUUCUUUCCUUCAUUCAAGCCGAUAACCAUAGAAUCAACCUGAACUCUCAUCAGGCAUUCUAUAUAUAUUUGGCGUUUUUUGUGUUGCAUGUGAACUCUGUCCAAAAUUGUGGAAUAUGGUGAUUAAUUGAUGUUCUAGUGGAAAUGUGGUAUUGGGUAGCGGUAACAAAAUGGUUCAGUGUUGUGACUUUUGGUGAAACUGGUGGAAAAUGAAUAAAAUAUAUCAUUUUAAUAUAUAAGAGAAAUUGAUAAAAAGAUAUUUAGAUAUUCAUGGAAGGAGACGUUGCAAUCAGCCUUUUAGAUGAUGUACACAAGAAAGACAGUAUAUUUCAUGAGAAACGUUUAUGCAUUUUUAUGUUUGUUUUGAUGGAGGACAUAGAUGGGUAUACAAUACCCAUCUUAUUAGCACAGUACUGCGAGGGUUAUCUUGAUUGUGGGCGACCACAUCAAGUAAGGCCCUAAUUACUUCCAUUUAAUAUGAAAAAAGAUGUAAUGCACUCGCUAGUUAAUCUGCCCAGGAUAUCUGGUGUUUUGUAUGGUUGUUGUCCUUGGAUAUCUUUUACUUCAGUCUUUUAAAGCAUGAAAGAAAUGAAGUGCAAAUUUUUUCAGUACAUCAUGUAAAAUCUGUGAGAUUUUUUUAUACAAGAUUUAGUGUUCACUACGGGAGUGAUUGUUUGUGUUAUAUAUAGCAAGAUGGGCAUGUCGUGUUCUGCAUUGAAAUCUCCAUCGAUAUGCAGUAUACACAAUCUUCCACCAGAUGCCUGUGUAUAAAAAGGAAGUACUCCUGUAUUUUAUAUCAAGAAAAGAAGGGAAUUAGUGGUCAAUGAAUAUUUUUUUGCUGUGUUUUAGUCAAAGUGGUGGUAUAAAAGUGAAAUUGUUCAACAUCUGUGGUGACAGAAAAAAAUAUUCUAUGAGAUUUAAAAAAAAAACCAGAGCCUUUAUUUUGUUUACCAAAGACCACGAUGUGUUUUCUUUGUACAGUCUAAUGAUAUAAGUGUAUAACAUGCUAUCUUUGAAUGGCAUUUUUGAUACUCUAUAUUAUAUACUUUUUAAAGAAAGAAUUCAUCCGUCGUAUAAAGACUUGGUGCGGAAUGGCUGGUAGCAUAUAGUGCACUUGUAGAAUGUAAG